AUGUAUUUUGCCGAGGUUUGGUUAAGUUCAAGCCAUAACUGGAAAAACGGACGGAAAAUUGAAUACACCAAACCUAUAAAUACAACUGCAAUGGGUUUUGGAACAGUGGAUCACAAUCUUCCCACUAACCGAGUUAAAUUGUUUUCAGUACAUAAGUACUACGUUGAGAUAAUAUAUUCUCGUGGGGGGCAAAGUGAAGGACAAAGUUUAAUCCAACUUGCUUGGAAAAGACCGGAUAGAACUGGCUUUGAGCUUAUACAACGAGAGUUUUUCUCACCAUAUAAAAACGACAGUGAUACAGCUCAGAUGUGCUUGCUUGUACACUGGCAACGCUAA